UAUCGAUACAUCGAUAUGCUGUUGCCAUAUCUCAAAGCAUAUGAACAGUUCUAUUUAAUGGACAAGGAGAGGAAAGCCUAUGACGCGCUCUUACAAACAAUAAAUAAUCGGGCGCGAUGCUCCUCAGCGGCGGAUGCAUGCAUCUAUCAGCGUCAACUGCAGUUCCUGCGCAACACCGAGAGCCAGACGCCCGCAGGGCCAUAUGGCGCGAGCACGGCGGCGCAGCUUGCACAUCUGUUGACAGAGGAGGCGCUGGCGGCUAGUGGGCGGGGCAAUGACUCAGUUAACCUGGACGCAUGGCUGGCCUGGCUGAACGAGCUGCUCGUGAGCCGAAAACAGCAGCUCGGUGAGACGACACCGAUUCUGGAGUGGCUUCUGCAGCGAGUCGAGCAGCAAUGCACAGUGGAUGCGGUGCGCUGCCUGCUCCCGCUCGUGGAAUCACUGUCAGUGACCGCCGCUCUCAAGUAUUUCCCACGCUUCGUUGCCAUUCCAUACCCGCGCAGCGUGGAGGCGGCGUUGCUAUUGGUGCUCUGCCAAGACAAGCUGUUCAGCAUAUUCUGCACGCCAAAUGCCGAACAGCAGACUAAGGAGCUACAGCUAAGCAGCCAGCUGGCAAAUUCACUGCUGCAGAUGCACUACGAUGGACGCUUGGCAGAGAUAGCAGCAGCUGGUGACACUCAGGAGGAGCUAACGAUGUUGCUGGCCCACUCACUGCAGCUGCUUCAGAAGAUAGCCAGCCACCAUGCGGACUAUGCCAUACAGUAUGCGCCGGAAUUGUUAGGCCUCGCCCUGGCCAAUGUGCGAUGCAGGGCGGAUGGUGGUGAGAUGGCGAAGACGGCAUAUCAAUUGCCACAUCGGGUGCAUCCGGCCCAGCAAUCGGCCGUCUAUGGGCAUGACGAUGGGGACGUCGACUCGACUGCUAGCAAUCAGAAUACAGCUGCUGCCGGCAGGCGAGUCAAGUCGCGUAAGAUGCGUUCGCUGACUAAGCAACGGAAUGGCAAUUGCAAUAACAAUAACAACCUCCAAGAAAGCCCCAGCAACGUUCCGGGACCCGGAGACCGGAUGAAGCUGCUGUUGCAGGGCAACAAUGAGUAUGGCGGUCGUACGCCGAGCGGUGACUCCGAGGGCGGUUGCACGCCCAGUUCAGACGGCGCCGGGCCACAGGUGGCAGGCCAGAAACAGCAGCGCCAACGCCAGGUGAAACUGCGCAUUGCAGCGCUGCAGCUGAUGGGCGCCGUCACCAAGCAGCUGCCUCGCCGCACCCUCUACGGCUACUGGCAUGUGCUCUUCCCGAGUGGCGGCGGCGGCGAUGGCGGCGCAGCCGCCGGUCGCGAUAAUGGAGAUAAUCUGCUGCACAUUGGCGCCAGUGAUGGCAACGUACGCUGCCGUGCCCUGGCUCUGCAGCUGGCUGCACAGCUGCUGUACGGCUCCAAGCCUUAUCUCAGCCAGGCUAGCUGCGCCCUGGCGCCCAGCAACUACACACCGUUUGCGAUGAGUCUGGCUAACAGCGUCAUGGAGGCGUAUCGCCAGCUAGCUGGCAUACUGGAGCGUGAAUAUGUGCCGCCGGUGCUGACGCAGUGCCUCAAGUGCCUGGCGGUCCUGGUGCAGGCGACUCCGUUCGAGCAACUACAAAUGGGCAUCGUCUAUGAGUUUGUGCCACAUGUCAAAAUAUUGACGCGGCAUGCGGACACCAGCGUCAAGGUGUCUGCACUGCUGGUCAUGGAAAUGCUGGUGGCCACGCCACGACUGACCCAGGAAAUGGCCUGCGCUGUGGGUCUGCCGCUGAAGGAACGUCGCGCUGUCAACAUGUUGCACGCAUCGCCGCGCCACAAUGCCUACCAGGAGCAGGUGCAACAAUUUGAAUUACUUUACGACUCCGAUGCAGAGGAGCUUGAGGAUGAAGAGGAGGCGAAAGAGGAGAUAGAGGCGGAGCACGGGGAGGAAGAGGAGCAGGGCUCACCUAUGGCAGCAAAAGCAGCAGCAGCUGAGCAAACUUCCAUUGUCUUGCCUCGGAUUCGCAUUCCACGCAACUCGUGGCUGCUGCGCCUCGUGCUGCGCUAUCUGGACUGUCCGAUGAGCGCGUCGCCGCUGCGCGUCGAGUGUCUGCAGGUGCUGCUGGCCAUGACCACUCACUUUGGCCUGCUGCGCGAGCAUCUGGCGCGCCUGGCCGAUGUGCUGUGCAAUGCCCUGCAGGACAGCUCAUGGGAUGUGCGUCUCUAUGGAGCAAGAGCCUUGGACGCCAUUGGGUUCCAAAUGGCGCGCCUUGCCUUAGAGCAGACAGAGUCCAGACCGGAGCAACAGCAGCAGCACUUGAGCUUCUGGCUACGCAUGCUACCUACGAUCUACGAUGCCUACUCCAAUGCCGAGACGGCUACGCUGCGGUGUUCCUUAUGCGAUGCACUCUCAAACAUGGGCGGCUACAGCUUCGAGCGCCUGCCCCAGGCACAGCGCACAGGCCUGCUGGCCUUCCUCUUGGGCUGCAGCAGCGACGAUGCGGCGGAUAGCCUGGUGCGAGCAGCGGCCGUGCGGGCGCUCGCUGUUUACGUGUUGCAUCCGACGAUGCGCGAUGAUUUGGUGUUUGUGGAACAUGCAGCAGAGCUAGCGCUGCAACUUAUAGGCGACGCUCAGCUGGCUGUGCGGAUCAAAGCCGCCUGGGCGCUGGGCAACAUAAGCGAUGCGCUAGUGCAGCCCGAGCGACCGGAGGAGCCCCGUGAGAAGGAGCGCAUCUCGCAGGCACUGCUCGGGCGCCUAAUCGAAGCGGCCAUUCUCGCCUGUGGCGACCACGACAAGGUCCGCGCCAAUGGGGUGCGUGCCAUGGGCAAUCUGCUGCGGCUGCUGUCCGGCGAGGAGCACGCGCUCAUGCAGCGGGGCAUGGCCAAGCUGUUGGAUUGUGCGCGCGCGGCGGGCAGCGCCAAAGUCAAGUGGAAUGCCUGCUAUGCCAUUGGCAACCUGGUGCGCAAUCGUGCAAUAUUCUCGACCAGCGCCAAAUUGGCGGACACGCUGUUCGCGGCGCUCAGCCAGCUGAUUGUGCAGCACGCGAACUUCAAGGUGCGCAUCAAUGCCACCGCCGUGCUGCUACAGAUCGAGCAUAGGGCGGACAUGGGCGUGCACUAUGCCACAAUGUGGCGCUCGCUAUUGGCGGCCAUCGAACGAUCCAAUGCCCUAGACUCCUUCGAGGAGUACAACCAUCGCGAUGGACUGCAGCAGCAGCUCUGCCUGGCCAUGGCCCACAUGAUCGAACGAGCGCGCGCCGACGACUUAGCGCCCUGCCGCGAUGCGCUCGAGUCGCAUCUGGACGUGGUCAGCAGCACCUGGCGGCGUGUCGCCUAUCGCAUUGUGCCCGAGCAGGCGACGCCACUCUUCACCUGCAGUUCCCUGCUACAGAAGCGCCUAGCUGCCGCCGCCCUCACUGCGGACCAGCGAAGCGCCCUCACAUUCAUCAGCAAUGCCCUGCGCGUGGAGAACUAACUCAAUUACCAGUUAAUCGUAUUACUAAUGGAAUCCCUUUUUUACGUAACCCAAAUAACAAAUCAUUUUUUCACCAAUAAACUUAAUGCGAGCAAUUCGAGA